AUGGGUGUUUACAUACCACCGCCAAGUGAGAGUGGGUCAAGUUCUGACGACAAGGAAGAUAAGAAAGGACAAUCAAAGAACAGUUCAGAUACCAACACCAGUACCGAUUCUAGUUUAACAAUAUCAUCUGAAUCCACCGAUACUUCGAGAGUAGAAUCAUUUAUUCGCAAAUAUAUACCUGAAAACCCGAGUUUUGGAUUAAUAUUCUGGGGACCUUUCAAGCCAGCUCCAGAUAAUAGACCUGCUUUGUAUAUAUGUACUGGUACUCAAUUGAUUGCUAGUGGUAUACUAUUUAAUAAUUUUCGAAAAUUAAGAAGGUAUCCGCAGUUGUCGGGACCCGAUAAGUAUAUGAAGGGGUAUUCGAUAUUUCUCUCAUUAAUAUUUGGUAUAGGAUCAUCACUCGAGUUUUUAAGACUCAGAAUAGGAAAUGAUCCAUGGUAUGAUGAAGCACAAUAUCAGAGAAGAUUAGCGAUAAAAAAUGGAUCCAAGCCUACAUGGUGGUGGGGAGCCAUUCGUCAAUAUAAGCCAAUGAGUUUUAAUACAUGGUUAGAUGAAUUUUCUAAAGAUACAUAUCAUCAAAUCCUUCAUAGGCAAAUUUAUGAAAAUCCUGAAUUACAUCAAAAGACAACCCCUCUUCCUGAUAACGAUAAAUUCAAAGAAGCGUAUGAACACAUAAAGGGCCGAAAUGACAAGGCAAGUCACGAUUCAUUGGAAGGAGAAUUAAAAGAUGUUAAUGAAUUGAACAAAGCUAGUAGAUUAGAUGAUUUAAUGGAAGGUAAAGGGAAAGUUCAAUUGAAUGAACAUUAUGCCAAGUCUCCAAUUCAGUUGGGAAACCAUAGUAUUGAAAGUGAUGAUGACCUUGAAUUGGUUUGGUAUAAUUUUGAGCCUUGGGAUGAAUUAAAAUCUGAUACGACUUAUGAUGUUAGAUUAAUACCUAAAUGUCGAGUGAUUAAUGAAGAAGGAAACCCAACCCAUCAAUCGUAAGCAAGCUAUUUAUUAAUACAUGUAAAUAAUGAC